UAGGAGACAGCCUCAGCUUGUCUAUACCGCCACGGAGCGAAUGGGCGGGCUUUGUGUGUGCCGAGAUUCAACGUAACGUCCUUCGGAUUGGAAGACCCAACAAGGAAAGCACCGGAGCCUCGGGGUGUGCGGACCAUCAUUAUAGAGGAGAUGUCGUUCUGCCUGACUGAGCUGUACCUGUGGUCUCUGAAGAAUACCUUGCAUGUUGGAGAUGAAGAUCUUGGAGUGCAUCAUUACCAUGAAAAGAAGGAAUCAGCUCCAUAUCCAGAAUAUGGAUUCCUGGAGGAGAGGCAGCAACUUGCUGAAUCUCUGGGUUUUCCUUGGGUCCUGAAGAACAAGCGUCCAGAAAAGCUUCGAGACAAUCUCAUGGAGCUGGAGGAGCUGAUGCAGAGCAGUGAGUGUGUGCUCAGUAAAUGGAAGAACAAAUAUGUCUGUCAGCUCUUGUUCAGUUCCGGUGUGCUUGUGUCCAUAAGCCUUUCAGGGCCACAGCUGGAGAAGUUGGUGAUUGACAGGACCCUGGUGGGAAAGCUCAUCUCCAACCCCAUCAGUGAUGCUGUAUUCACAGAUACUUUCAUCAUCGUUUCAUUUCUGAAGGAAAACAAACUUUGUUUAAUCCAGUUUACUAAAAAGACUGCUUCUCCAGACAUAAACAAACACUUGGAAAAACUCUCCGCUCUUGAUAUGAAGAUUUCAUGUAUUGACAUACCAGGACCAAAGGGACGUCACCUAAGCCGUCAUCUUGCACUUAACUGUGUACAGGAUCUAGCAAUUUGCUGGUGGCCAGUACCCGAAGAUGAUGUCUGGCCCUGGACUCCGAUUUCCAGCGAGAAAGACAGAGCCAACAUGGUCCUCCUAGGCUGUGCCAACAACCGACUGGAGGUCUUGAGCUACAUUCGCACCGAGGGAAAUAUUUUUGAUGCCAGCUUUAGUGUGACCCAGCCUUACCAGGUGUACACAGUGGAACAGUCCACAAAACCAGAGAGGGAACCUAUGGCUGAUAGCUGCACCUAUGAAUGUUCCAGGAGCAGACUCCAGUGUGUCUCUGUCACUAAAAUUCCCCUCAAUUCUCGGGUAAUUAGUUGUGGCAGAAAUCUGACUGAAGACAAGCUUGUUCUUGGGUGUGAAGAUUCCUCGGUUAUUCUCUAUGAAGCACAUAGAAGAGUGACCCUUCUAGCCCAGGCUGAACUCCUACCUGUUCUAAUAAGAUGGCAUCCAUCUGGAUGUAUAUUUGUUGUGAGCAACAAUCAAGGUGAGCUUCAAAUCUUUGACAUGGCAUUGUCACCAGUUAAGGUCCAGCUUCUUGCUGAAGACUUUUCCCCAAGAACUACUUUGCAAUGUAAUAAACAUUUUGAAGUGUCCAGCAGUCUGGUGGACAUGAAGUGGACUGUUCCCAAUAACACAAGUGAUAGUACAGACAUCUAUAACCUUCUCUUCUUGAGAUUUCACGGAGGACCAUUUGGAGUGCUUCAGUUCAAGCUUGGUGCUGUAUCAAAAGGACAGCUGGGCCCAGUGGAGCUGGUUUCACAGUACCUCCGUUUUGGUGAAGUAGACGAGGCCAUAUCUAUACUGAGCUGUAUGAACUGGAAUACUGCUGGUCAGCAGUGCUACACAUGUAUGAGUGCUAUAAUGAACCAUCUGCUAAAACAGAAACUCACUCCAGAAAAAGAAGCUCAGUUGGAGGCUUGCCUUGGAACCUUCUAUUCUCUGGGUCGGCCACUGAUGGACGCUACCAUCAUGGAAUAUAGAGAUCCUAUAAGUAGAUAUGCACGGAGGUUCUUCCACCAUCUUCUGAGGCACCAGAGAUUUGAAAAGGCGUUCCUACUUGCAGUAGACAUUGGUGCCCGUGACCUUUUUAUGGACAUCCAUUACCUUGCACUAGAUAAGGGUGAAUUGGCGCUAGCUAAAGUGGCAGAGAAAAAGGCUAAAGAAAUAGAUGCAGAAUCAAUAAACGCUGGAGUUGAAUCUUUGCUGCAAGUGGAGAGAAUGGAGGAUGUAAGUGAAGCAUUGGUUGGCCUCUCUUUAACUUCACAAAGUGGGCAAAGAGUCAUCUCAGGCAACAGACAAUUAGUUCACAUAGAGAAUGAGAUUGGACUUGAAGCCUAUGCUGAAUCUCUGGAUAAAGCGCUACCUUGGAAUCAGGGAGAGGAGGAUCCAUCUAAAGAGGGCCCCGGAAGCAGUGGAUCUCUCAAAGUGGUGCAUUUUGGACUGGUAUAAAAUGACUAAAUGACAAGAUGGUGAACGGAAUUCCACAUUUAAUUUUUUAUAGUACCCCCACAUAUUUUGCAGUAAUCAUUGAUGUAAAUUGUAAA